CCAAGACGGACUAUUUUUACAGUCGGAUGCAAGUGAAGAUGAGAUCAGCCACAAAGAAACAUUUUCAGAUGGACGCUUGCACACACUUGAACAGCUUUGGGUGGCGAACACAUAAGUGAGCCAUUCUACAUGUGACAGCUACAUGCAGUGUUUCAUUAGUUGAUGUGACCCAGUUUGAUGUGCGUUAGCUUCAGUGCAGAAGGAAGUGAUGCGAGACAUUAACCUCAAGAGAACGUGCAAUUCUGCACUGUAACAUCACACAAAGCCUGGAUCGCUGGCUUAUCAGCUCACAGCAGCUUUCUGUCAGGGCUUCUUGGCCAAGCGGCUAUCAGAAAGAACACACCACUGUCACCACAGGAAACUCACCCCUGUCUUUUCCCUUAGUCUGUUGUCAUCGUGAGAGAUUGUUUCGAGCCACUUUGACAUUCACCAUGUAAGUGUUCACCUCAUUAGUAUGCAUUUCAUUUGUUUAAUGUCAAAGGACUGUCAAAACUUUCGGGUCAGGUAAGGACUUCCUUUUCACUUACAUUUUUAUAGGAUUGUGCACCUGUGAUUUUGUUAUGAACCUGCUUUUUUGCAUCAGCGUCUGAUCCAAAUGGACCCUCUAGACGGAACCGAUAUUGAAGCAAACCCAACAGGUAGUGAGAUGAUGGAACUUCCUGUUCUGACUCAACCUGGCCUCGGAGUGACCACGACAACAGUGACCACUAUCUCUCAAACGGGAGGAGACUGGAGCACAGGACUGUUCGCAGUGUGCGGUGACACCAGCACAUGUCUGAUGGGUGCGUUUGUGCCCUGCUGUUUGGACCUGAGUCUGGCUCAUCAGUAUGGAGAAUGCAUGUGUCUGCCUCUGCUGCCUGGCUCCACGUUCGCCAUGAGGGUGGGCAUUCGAGAGCGCUAUAAAAUCAGGGGCAGUGUGUGUGAGGACUGGACUACAGUAUACUGCUGCUACCCUCUGGCCCUCUGUCAGAUGAUCAGAGAGAUGAAGAAGAGGCUGAAGACACAGAUCUACACCGUUUCUACCACGCUGGAGAGCUCCUGAGAAACUGUGUGUGUGUGUGUGUACACUGCUCAGAUUUUCUUUUCUUAUCUGUGUUUUUGCCGAUGCUAAAAGUCUCAGUUGUCAGGAUGUUUAUUACCCGGGGUCCUGAACUUCAUGCAGGGUUAGAUAUAUCAGUACUCUGCUUGAAGAUUGAUGCCGCUGACAUUUCCAACUGACGGAGAGUUGGGGUGGAAAAGAGGUUUCUGAUGGCUUCUGGGACUGUGUACUGCAUGCUUUGAUUUCAGAUUGCUCUCUCAUGGUCAUUAUACAUAUGCAGGCUUCGCUACAUGGAUUCAGUCUGGAUCGUGUCACUAGUUUUAAUCGGAUUUCAAAGUCUGAGUCAAAACUGAUAUGACCUCUCAUUUGAUCUAAAAUAAAAUGUUAUAAAAAUAUAUAGUGUGUAUUAUGUAAUACCUUAAACCUUCAAAUAAUUGAAAUAUGAUAAACCUGUGAUAAACAAACAACCAAGCAAUAUAUAAAUUGAUUAGUGACUCAUGCAUGUUGCCAUUAAAUCUUACAUUUUACAUUUACAAUUA